AUGGGCGAUCCCGGCCUCCCACGGGAGGAAAUCCCAUACCUUCCUCUCGUCACCGGGCUCUCGGCUUGGUUUUUAUACCGUCUGACUGUCGAUCGGAUAAUUAAGUGGUGGAGUCCUGCUUUCUACAACAAGCUCCGGGGCAAUUAUGAAGGAUAUCUAUAUUUCUUGGGAGCCCUGCUUGGCCUCCUCGUCAAGCCCAUACCUCUGAUUGGGUGCGCAAUGGCUGUAUGGAAGACAGCCCCAGAAGACGACAUUGCUGGCUUUCGCCGUUCAAUGAAUCCUGCUCAGCAAUUUUGUUCGGGCUCGCGAAUAAUCAUCUACAUCUCAGAGCUGCCUCACUACCUCCAUAUCCCCGAGUUGGCUCUCCACCACCUCUUUACCCUCCUCGUCAUGGGUGUCAUUGCCAAGUUCCACAUAUCCCGCCGGGGCAUGGACCUUUCCCUCGCCUCUCUGUGGGCUGAGAUCCCACCUGGCAUCCGCAACUUGCUUAGCCGGACCGGUCACCUGAGCCCAGCCUGGGACUGGCGCCUCACCUUUUAUGGCACACUUUUUCUCUUCGUUACCCGCGCUCCAGCCACCAUUGUGGCCCUGGCGAUGAUCCCUGCCAACGGUCUGCAGGGUGGACCAGCAGCCAUUGCAAUCACGGCGCAUUCGUUCCAUCUGGCGUACAUUUUCCGGAUCACUUACCUUCGCCUGAAGAAAUGCGGUGCCCUGCAGAUCGAAAAGUCCGGUGUGUUCAGAUUCCAAGUCGGAGACCGUCUCAACAUCACGUCCACCACAUUGCUCACGGGGCUAUCAUUCGUGAGUGCCCGGAUCUCUCUCGUUCUUCUCUACUCUUGGAGCGCACCAGGGCUCCAGGCCAACGGGGCAAAAGACCUUGUCGAACUCAUGUGGAACGCGGUACUGGCGGGAACUGUUGGACUGGUUGGCUGCACGCUUGCAGCCAGGCUGCAGCUCUUUGGCCGCAGCGACUGGGCAUCUCUACUGUAUGCGCAACAGGACCUCAACAUCGCUACGAUGGUGCUUUGUUUGACACCAACGCUCCCGAGUUCCAUCGACCGAAUGAACGUGUUUUACUGCAUGGUCCUCAGCUCCUCGCUCAACAAGGCCAUCCAACAAUAUGCCGACCACCUGGCCUGCCUCCAGGCUGGGCCGGUGCGUACGACAUCGCGAAUGUCGCUGAAUCGCGGCAUAAUAAACGUUGGCCAAUACACCAUCUUCGUCGUUAUGCUGGCUAGCGGGUACUCCUCGGUGGGCAGCGCCGCGCUAAAGAGCUUCUUGGUGCAAAAGGUGGUCGAAGCGGCAGCCAACUCUACCAUGACCAAGUUCAACACAUUCAUGAGUCUGGCUUUGCUCACCAUACUUGUGACUGCGUGGCGGAUCGUCCUGACUGGCAUCUCUAGCCCAACACACCAAUUCGAGCUCUUUGAAAACGAGAGCAUAUACUCGCUUACGUUCGACGACAGACCAGUAUCGCUACUGUACUACUGGUCCAAAUUUCUUCUGCAGGACACAUCCAUUAUCGGACUGCUGUAUGUGUUUUUCUCCCACGCCAUGGACUUCCUUUGCACUUUCGACUGGGCUUCAGUAAGGAUGAAUGGGGCUCCGAGGCUGAGGACCAUCGGCCUGCUCGUCGUUUCAGCGUGGACGGCCCGCAUCAUCCACCUCGUCUACAACGGAGAGACGCCCGCGGCGCAAAACAGGAACUAUACCGCUGCACAGAUAUUGGCCAGAGAGCCGCCCUUUUGCACUCUUCUGUUAUCCUGGAACUUCUGGGCUGCCCUCUCGCUCGCAGCAAUCGUGCCAAUAGCGACUGCGCAACUAUGGGGGCCCAAGCUUCAAGCUGUUGGCCAACAAGAAACCUUUGAGCACGGGAAGCCAAUCGGAAGUGUACCGCAGGUCGGAUGUUCGGUUGCUUCUUAA